CCAACAGAUAGCAAUCAACAGUCAACAUUCAAUUAACGAACACUAAUACUUUUUUUGGAAUUACAAAAUAGGCUAAGAAAGAAAAUUACGUGAAAAUCAAAUAUAUAACUUUACACGGAAAAAACAAUAUUUACUCUAACGGAGACAAUAUCUCAAAUUCAGUACUUUCAUUGCAUGAAAUUCCUAAGAUUCUUCAAGUGACGUCGAUUAGGCAACAAAUUUUCAUUUGGGUCCCACUCCCACCAGACAUAAUUUUCUAGAUGCAGGUUCAGCCCUAUAAAUACCCUUUUUCUAAUUGAUGAAUUCCAUCAUCCUACACUUCAUCUAGCUUGUUUCUUAUUACUCCUUGUCUUGUACCACACUCUUUUUCUUUCACUAGCCAGUAGCCAUGGCCACUGUUGAGGUUGUAUCAGCUCAGGAUGCUUUGCCAAAGGAAAAAACAGUAGAGGAUGUUGUUACUUCAGCCCCACAGCAAGUACAAGAGAAGGCAUCAGAAGUAGUCGAGCAAGAACAACCGAAAGAUGAAACUGGGGAAGAUCAGCAACAACCUGUAGAACACGAAAAACCCGAGCUGCAAAACAAACCCAAAAUUGAAGAUCAGCAAUCAGCACUACCUACUGCAGUAGAAGAUGAGCCAAAUACUGAAGGGAAGCAAACAGAAUUACCUGUUAAAUCAGUUGAAUCCGAAAAGUUAGAAACCGAACCAAAGGAAGAACAACAACCAGAACCUAUUAUCGAAUCAGUUGAACAAGAAAACGCACAUGUAGAAAACGAGGAUGCUGAUCAAGCAGUGAACACGGCUGUGGAAGAGUCCUCGAAGGUGGCUCCAGAACCAGCUGAGGAGAACGAAAAUAAAACCGAUGAUGAAAACAUUAAGGAGGAGGAAACAGAAGUUUCUGUUGUGGCCGCUACUGAUGUGGCACCAGCAGAACCGAAAGCAGAAGUUUCUGUCGCUGCUGCUGCUGAUGUGGCACCUGCAGAACCGGAAGCAGAAGCUUCUGUCACGGCUGCUGCUGAUGUGGCACCUGCAGAACAGGAAGCAGAAGCUUCUGUUGCGGCUGCUGUUGUUGUGGCACCAGCAGACGCAAAAUCAGAGGCAUCUGUUGCUGUUAUUCAAGCUGAUGCAGCAUGAAAACAUGGGAAAUCUGAUGGGUUUAAGUAAUUUCAUGAGAUUAUGCAAUGGGGUUUUUCUAUAUUUUGUUUAAUUUAUGUGUUUAUGUUAUAAAAAAUAUGUUAAGUAGUCAGCUGUAUGGAGUAAUGUUGUAAGGAUGAUGUUGUUUUAGCUCAUUUUGGUUGAAUACUUAAUGAUGCAAAUGUACUCUUGAUACUUGAAGCCUUUUGUAUGAUGUUCAUCCAAGAUGAGAAAUGCUGGCUAGUUGCUUAAUAAAAUGUGUUUCCUUUUACUAAAACCAAAUUCUUACCAUAUUCCCCUUAUAUGUGUGUACUUAAAUCUAACAACAUAAAAGGGUUACGAGUUUGUAUCUUUUUCCACCUUAUGGAUUAUCUAUUGUUGGGUAUUAAGUACGUCAAUGCUACUUCCACAUUUUUCAUCCAAAAGGCUCUCGUGUGAAAUGUCAUAAUAGAGUAUCUAUAUACUCAAAUCGAGUGUUAAUAUAUUGGCUUUAAUUCAAGUAUCUUGGCAUAUGACAUACAAUAUGUGUAGAUAUACUCAUGAAGAUCACCAUUGUAUCAAAUCGAACAUACUUUUAAACCGAUCAAUGCUGGUAAAGGUUAUAUGGCCUCCAUUUACAAAUAAAAGACGAGAAGGAACGACAAUGAAGAGACGUCAAGGUUGAACCAUUGGCCUGUGAGGUUUGGGUGCAUUAGGAUUCCUGUGAUCAUAAAAUGUUUGGAAAAGAGAAACUGCUUCCGAUGCCAUGAUUCCUCCAGUGCAUUUAAAGCCUCUAACUUCGGCAAGGUUAGAGUGCUCGGAAAUGGUCGAAUGAAGGGAAAGAAUUGAACCACAUCCACCAAACUUAUUAUUAGGACAACCAUAGUAAACUUCCUUUACUCCUAUAAAAGAUAAAGCAGCUGCACACAUUAUGCAAGGCUCACAAGUAACAUACAGGACACACUUGGAAAAUCGCUUAGCGACAUCUAGUUGAGAAAGUCCAUCGUUGCCACUGCUGUAGAAUACUGUCAAUAGCUACCAUUUUAGCAUGUCAUGUGGCAUUCCGUGUCUCAUUUGUACGAUUACUCCCGGAUGCAAUGACCUUCUCGUUCUCGACAAUAACACAACCUACUGGCACCUCUAGUCUCUCCAAAGCAAGUUUCGCUUCUUGUAUCGAAAGCUUCAUAAAUGCACAAUGAUACAAAGAUUCUCCUGAAUCAACCAAAUCCAUUACAAAGUACUCCAAAUCAAGAGCUCCGAUUAGCAAAUUUCAAACACCGCUCCAAACGUUAUGUCAUCACACUAACAAUUCUUUUCUUACAACAAUGGGAAGAAUAACUCCGUCUCUGCAUCGUAAAGAGAAACAUGAGGUUAUCAGAAAGUACUACAAAUGUUCGGGUUUGUAAAAUGGCAAUAAAUCAAGGGAAAUAAUCACUCCAUCAAGAAUUGGUUAUCAAUAAACCCAUCUACGUUUAAAACAUUUUUUUGGGUACAAAGUAGGCGGAGAGAAAAGGAGGGCUAAGAAAGAGGGCAACGAGAAUCGAACUUAGGUUCCUCUUGAAAAAGUGGUACAUAGUUAAAUAGAUACAUGCUCCAACUUAAAUAAUACCUGAUUCUCCUUAAAACUUUACAAUAUUUGGUUAUUUCUAUAGAUCCUAUGUCUAAAUCCAAUCAUGUGAUCAUAAACCUUAUUGGAAAUUGAGAAUUAGAUAUUGUCUUAGUUGUAAAGCAAGUAUCACUUUUCAAGAAAGGCUCUGACUUCAAUUCUUGCCUACCAUGUAACAAAACAAAUCCAAAAACAAAAUAUAAACUAAAUAAAGAAAAGAAAAAAUUGUUAGAAACUACCUAAAAAAGAUUACUUUUGUGAAAAAUUACCUUAAACUUUUUUUUUUCAAAAACUACCUAACAAAUUUAUUUUUGUUGCCAAGGAGUACCAUUUAAUGGUUACCAUCCAAAAUUUGGUUAGUAAGUCAAGAUUUAACCAAAAAAAACAGAAAAAAUCAGAAAACGCAAACCUUAAAGUUCACAGAUUCAUGUUCCAUUUGAUCUUGAUUUCUUCGAUUAAAACCCAAAAAAUCGAAUUCAUUCCGGUUCAAUUGAGAUCAUAACAAUACCCCCCUCCAAAAUAAAAACUUGCAAAUCUCCCCUUCUGUCGGUAAAGCUUAAUCAUGACAAAAAAAAAAUUCAACCAAAUUCAGCAUAAACCCUAAAGUUCGGCAAGCUAGAUAAUAUCUCCCAUCACACAACCAAAUUGAACCAACAAAUUAAGCCAGUCGUUUCGUGGCAAUGAUUUUUUCUUUUUUUUUUUUUUU